UCCCUGGACGAGUCACAACCUCCUCCUCAGAAUGACAAGCAAAGUGUCCAUGGCAGCUCUGUGCGCCCUGAUCCUGCUGAGCACCUUCAGCAGCGCAGACUCAGCCAGCUGCUGCCUCAGAUACAGCAAACGUCGGCUGCCCUGCAAAAUCAUCCAGGGCUACAGCGUCCAGACCAUCACCGGCUCCUGCGACAUCAGAGCCGUCAUCUUCCACCUUCCUGGGAGGUUCGUGUGCGCCGACCCGACAACCCAGUGGACCCGCAUGAGGAAGAAGUGUGUGGAUGAAAGGAGGAGGACGGCUGCCUCGAUCCUGGCAGGAGCGGCUUCUCACAACGCGACGCUGGUUAAAGCCUCCAGUUCAUCCCCUUCAGCCUGAUCCGCCGGAGACCUUUCACUUAACAACUAUGGAUUCUUGUCUGGACCUCUUUAUCUAUUCUGUUUUAUAAACAGGGAAGUGUAGUAUUCUGAAUACGAAUGAAUGUGUAAAUAUAGUUACAAGACGAUGAAAAAAGCCUUCCACAAAGUGUUAAAGCUCUUCUUUUUUGCGUUGACCUUUAUCAUCUCCGACAUAGUUUUGCAUAAUAGUUUGUCUUAAAAAGUGUAAGAUGAUAAAAGUAACAGGAAUAAAUGUAUAUACAUGUGUAAA